AUGAUGUAAUUAUAUAUAUAGAUAUAAAAGACAGAACAAUUUAGGUGAUUUCAUACCAAAAAAUCUUCAAUAAAUCAUCAAUUUAAAAUGGUUAGGAUAAUAUGGGAAUUUAAACUAAUAAAUUGGAGAAUGGAAGGCUCUUUGGGAAAAUAAACCAAUUCUAGCAGGAGGCAGAUAUAAUGAUAAUGGACACAAAGAAGGACCUUGGAAUGAAUUAUUUUGCAAUUAUUCAGAGUAAUCAUUAAUUUUUUAAUAUAAAAUAGAAUUGAUUAACUUAUUGAAUCUGGUAUAUAUUAGGAAGGUAUAAGAGUUGGAAAAUGGGUUACAAGUAAAUUACUUUAUAUUUGUCAAACUUAAUAUGGAAAAAUGUCAAUGUAAAAAUAAAUAUUAUAUUUAGAGGUGAAGGAAUGUAUGAUGAUUAAGGAAGAAAAGUAGGAAAAUGGGUUGAUUUACAUCCUCAAUUUUCUAAGUAUUCAUAAUCUUUAUACUAAGAGAUUUCUUACUUGUGUUUGAAGGAGAUUAUAUUGAAAAUGUUAAAAAUGGUUAUUGGAGUACAAAAUUUAAGUAUUUUUCUGAAAAUAAAUACACAAUCAUGUAAUUUAAUUUUAUAUAGUUUAGAGGUGGAGGGACAUAUGAAAAUGGUGUGAAACAUGGACAUUGGAUAGAUCUUUCUGAAUAUUUCAAUAAGUAAGUGUAAAAGUUGUUAANUUGCUUAUAUAGAAUCAUCUGUUUAAGUAGAUACUUUCUUCUCUAAUUUAGGAGUUAUAAUUUAUUUAGAUUCUUAAAUAAGGGUUGA